AUGGGGCAAGCAGAGAGUUACGAAGGCAAUAUCAACUGCCCUGUAAAUCGCUACCGCUACUCUCCGUUACCCCAGGGAUGUAUCCGGCUACUGCGUCUCCUGCCUAGCGAGAAGAGCGAUUCGCGUCUACAGGGUCAUCUGUUCAAUUAUCCUCUAGGGCUGUUAGCAGCCAAAACGCACCUGUACGAGGCUUUGUCCUAUGUCUGGGGUGACUUAAAUAACAGUCGAUUAAUCUCAUUAGGAAAUUAUGAUUUCCCCGUUACAAAAAAUCUCCACACAGCUCUGCUGUAUUUUCGUGACCAAUACAUUGAGCGAAUCAUCUGGGUUGAUGCGGUUUGCAUAAAUCAGGAGGAUCUCAAUGAGAAGGGAGAACAGGUUCGACGCAUGGCUGAGAUAUACAGUAAAGCCAGUCGGGUGAUUGUUUGGCUCGGGCAUAUGGAGAAUCAUAGUAAUGAAGCACUUGAGGCAAUACGGAUCGCUGCUCAGAGACCGCAUGGCGUGGACGACAAACUUACCAGGGAGGCAGUAUUCUGUUUGCUCCGGCGACCAUGGUUUGAACGCAUAUGGGUAUUCUAUGACCCACCCACCAAACUAGAGUUUCCUGUCCUUCAGGAGGUUGCCUCCGCACGACAGAUCUUAAUAAAGGGUGGAGAUACAGAGAUGGACGGUCAUGUUUUCUGCACGGGUCUUACAUCUAAAUCAUUCGAAUACCUUUAUAAAGAUUUCCCUGAUUUACAUACCGUGGUCCGCCCUGUGAUAUUCCUCAUGAGCGAAUCAUUAUUUCGGCCAAAAGUGGUAGAGAGGACAUCCAACGAAUUCUCAUUGAAUAUACGCCCUCUCGGCGAACUACUUGACAUGUACCACACCCGUAAAGCUACCAAGCAACAUGAUAAGCUGUUUGCCUUGAUAGGCAUCACACCAUGGGCACGGCUUUUUGAGCGGCUCAUUCGAUAUCUGCUUUGGGGUGAUGUGGCAAUCAGAACUUGUGAUGCAUCUGAACGAGUUUUAAUAAGUGGCUCGGGCUAUAUUCUCGGCAAGGUGCUGUCAGUGACAAGUAGUCAGCAUGAGGAUGGACAGGAUGUGGGUUUGGCUACAAGAGAUAUAGAUGGAAGUUUUGGACCCGAAACACAGUGGCGCCUACCAGCUAUAGCAAAGCCCGUUCAGGUGGGCGACUUAAUUUGCCAGCUACGUGGAGCGGCGAAGCCUACAAUAAUUCGUCUAUGCCAUGAUCACUUUUCCAUAAUACUGAUUGCGCCAUCUCUGGAACUUAAGCAGCCGGUGUCCGACACUUCAUUGGUCUUUUUUCUUUCCUGGGAUUGGCAGGAUGCCCAUGGGAAGCUGUCGAAUCUGGACGAUGCCCAGAGGCCCGUGGAUUACAGCUUACCUUGGCACUGGGGCAACCAGUGUGCGGCCUGUUCAAGUGAAUUGCAUGAAUUGUGGUGCACUGGUCUAAUAUUGGACGAAGCAGAGGAGUAUCGACUUGCAGAAAACAAACUUCAACAAGUCCUGUCAGGGUAUGAGGAAACCAUUGGGGCAGAGGAUCCGCGAACGCUGGUGUGCAUGGAUAAGCUCGCAUUGAUACACAAGAAAUUAGGGUUAUUGAAUGACGAGGAGCCGAAUAUGGUGCCUGAAGAGUUACGUGGGUUAAGACUUUCCGAACUCAGCUCGCUCAAUGACUGGACUUUGAGACUCAAGUUCAAGCAAAAAGGAGUUAUCCGUUACGGAACUGCAUUCAGGAUCAAUAUCCCUGGUGUUGAGAGAGCUGUCUUACUCACUGCCAGGCGUAAUCUCGCCGAUGAACAAGGUCGUUUAUCACAGGAUUUAGAAAUUUACAACGAACAUGGUCGGAAUAAGUUGAGAGACAUUGGGCAUAAAGAGGUAUUUCUCUCCGCGUUCGACCCGAGAUCUGCGAGCGAUACGGGCGUGUAUUCAGGCUAUGGAGCAAUUCUGUUUGAUAAGGAGGCCGAAUCUUAUCUUGGUGGUUAUGGUUUUUCCCUAGAAUUGGGUCAGGCCAAUCUGGAAGGCGACGGCCUGGGGGUUUGCGGUUAUUUGAAACAGGACACGCUUUCAAGAAGCACAGGGCUGUGCCUUAGUUGUCAGGAUGACCGCAUGACAUACAACGCCAUAACAAUGCCAGGGAUGAGCGGAUCGCCUGUAUUCUUGUCUCGUAAUGGAGAUGCCACCGCCGUCGGCAUUCAGUGA